UUUCAAGCUUCAACUGCUAUGAGAUUCAGCUCAUAAUUCUUCAACCGCCUCCUCUCUCUCUCUUUCCUUCCCUCGAUUUCCUCGACAAAAAUCCAGCUCUCUCAAAAUCCUCGCUUCCCUAACACACACGAAAAACACGUACAUUUAUACACAUACGAACACGUAUCAAUACAAAAUAUAUUUAAAAACCUUUCCGCGCAAAUGGAUCGGAGGAGGGCGGGGAGUCCGGUGUAUGCGAGACAGUGGAGCAACGAAUCACGUGGUUCAAACAGUACGGGCUCGUCAUCUCCCGCGCCGAUGUCACCGGCGCACCCGAACUCACGUCUAAGCUCAAACAUGUCAACAAUCAAGCGCACACAAAACGUGGCCGCCAAGGCUGCUGCCCAACGGCUGGCUCAGGUGAUGGCGUCAUCGCAGACUGCAGAUGACGACGAUGACGAAGACGAUCUAGAUUUCCGAUUUCCUGCUCGACCGGCUCCGGUUCCUGCUUCGUCGGGGUUUAUUAGUGUUAAUCAUAGAGGGAGUUCUAAUGGUGUUUCGGUUACUAGACCUAAUAGAUCUCCGUCUCCUGCGGUAAUUUUUAGUCGGAACUUUAUGGAGAAUGUGCCAUCACUUCGGUCUACAUCGGCUGGAAGGCCAUCAAUGUCAGUUCGUCCAGCUACAGUGGUGCCACCUAGCAAACAAUCACUAAGAACUCCCGUUUCUAUUCCUCCUAUCGACCCUCCAUCCAGUAGGAAUAGAGAUAAUAAGAGGUUCACAUCAGAUGCGGGACAACUUAAAUUGGCUGACUCAGGUGAUCAGCGUGAAGCUUCAGCGCUUCGUGAUGAACUUGAUAUGCUGCAAGAAGAAAAUGAAGCUAUACUUCACAAGCUUCGUAGUGCUGAAGAAAAACGUGAGGAGGCAGAGGCUAGAGCCAGGGAGCUUGAGAAACAGGUUGCUGCUCUUGGAGAGGGUGUAUCCCUUGAAGCUAAACUGUUGAGUCGGAAGGAAGCAGCAUUGCGUCAAAGAGAGGCUGCUCUUAAAGCUGCAAAACAAUCUACAGAUGGUAGAGAUGCAGAAAUCGCAACCCUUCGUACAGAACUUGAGAGCUUGAAAGAUGACACUGCAACAGCUGCGGAGCAGCUGCGAGAAGCUGAAUCUGAAACAAAAGCUCUUCGCAUGAUGACACAAAGAAUGAUUUUGUCCCAGGAAGAGAUGGAGGAGGUUGUCCUGAAGAGAUGUUGGCUUGCACGCUACUGGGGUUUAGCUGUCCAGCAUGGGAUUUGUGCAAAUAUAGCAGAGUCAAAGCACGAGCAUUGGUCUGCUCUAGCUCCUCUUCCAUUCGAAGUUGUCAUUUCUGCUGGACAAAGGGCUAAGGAGGAGUUGGAUAGAGGUGGUGGUGAUCCAGAUAGGCAUAAAGUAGUUCGUGAUUUGAGUGACCUUACUGGAGAGGGAAAUAUUGAAAGUAUGCUUUCAGUUGAAAUGGGAUUGCGGGAAUUAGCUUCUUUAAAGGUUGAGGAUGCAGUUGUACUUGCUCUGGCUCAACACAGACGACCAAAUAUGGUUCGACAAUCGUUCUCAGAUUCGAGACCACCAGGUGAUCCCAAGUUUACUGAGGCCAAUGAAUUAAGUAAAGCAGAGGCAGAAGAUGUUCAUUUCAAAGAGGCUUGGCUAACUUAUUAUUGGAGAAGAGCCUUAGUACAUGGUGUGGAAGAAGAUAUUGCAGAAGACAGGCUUCAGUUUUGGAUUAGUCGUAGUGGGCAGUCACUGACUUCACAUGAUGCUGUGGAUGUUGAGCGAGGCGUAUUGGAACUAAGGAAGCUGAGCAUAGAGCAACAACUAUGGGAAGCAUCUCGGAGAGAAAUUGAUCAUUCUUCUUUGGCCCCAGGUGCUAACCAUAAACACACCGAUGAGCUCUCUUCAUAAUGUUCGCAAGUUUAAAUAGCUACAUUCUUUCCAUCCAUUUUUCCUUGUAAGUUAUGUCAAUUUUAUGCAUGUAAAUUUCCUUUUUAUAUAUGUUUUUCCCCUCCACAGUCAAUUACCGUUAUAAUUCCCCUUUGAACCUGUACACAACCUGAAAUUAGGCUUUUUGUCUAUACGAUACUCAGAUUGGAUGUGAGAGUCAAGUACGUGGAUCUACUGGUUCCUUCACAACUUAAAUUUUGUAUUCAUGCAAUUCAUAUGGCCAAGGCAAAGACAUUGGAAAAUCUUUAGUAUUACCAUUCAAAAAUUGUUC